UAGGGUGAUCGGGGAGCAAACCCAUCCCGGACAGCUCUGGCUGCCUAAACAGAAUACGUAGGAGGAGGAGAGGGCUCGGACAUGGCGAGAAACAGCACUGGCCCGUCUGAUAGAGAUCGGUAAUUUUUUAUUUAAAAAACCCGAGAGGCCUUAGAAAAAAAGCAAACGACAAAACCCAUCCCUGGCACAAAAAUAUUAAAUAGAUCAAUGGACUGAAUGAAGACUGCCUACAACGCCUAUCGAUGCCUGGCCAAGGAUUUGGAUGCUUACGCCAUGAAUCCAGAGAUGACAAUGGACAGCAUUGGCAAUCUGCAUGGUGGAAUAAGCGUAAACCAUGACCAGGAUUUGAUGAACAGUCACAGUCCCCACCACAAUCGGAACACAGGGGCUUCUUUGCGGAUACAUCAGGAUUUGGCUGCGGCAUCAUCGCGUUCCGCUAUGGUGUCCAGUAUGGCUACAAUUCUGGAUGGGGCUGGAGAGUACCGUCCGGAAUUGUCCCUCCCGCUCCACCACGCAAUGAGCAUGCCGUGCGACACAUCCCCACCUGGGAUGGGCAUGAGCGGCACUUACACCACGUUGACGCCACUCCAACCCUUACCCCCAAUUUCUACAGUUUCGGACAAAUUUCAUCCACAUCACCAUCACCACCACCAGCGUCUCUCUGGGAACGUAAGCGGGAGUUUUACGCUGAUGCGGGAUGAAAGGGGUUUACCAGCAAUGAACAACCUCUACAGCCCCUACCAUAAGGACAUGACCGGGAUGGGUCAGAGUUUAUCCCCCCUGGCCAGCAGCCCCCUCGGCAAUGGCUUGGGCUCCAUCCACAACACGCAGCAAAGCCUCCACAACUACAGCACGCAUGGGCAUGACAAAAUGCUGAGCUCCAACUUUGAUGCCCACGCUGCCAUGCUGGCCAGAGGGGAUCAACACCUUUCUCGAGGCCUCGGUGGCCCAACGGCAGGUAUGAUGCCGCAUUUAAACGGGAUGCACCACACCGGGCAUCCGGGCCACCCUCAAUCCCACGGGCCUGUGUUGGGUUCCAGCCGGGACAGACCGCCCUCCUCCUCGGGAACGCAGACUGCCAACUCGGGGCACCUCGAAGAGAUCAACACCAAAGAGGUGGCACAAAGGAUCACGGCCGAACUGAAGCGCUACAGCAUCCCGCAGGCGAUCUUCGCCCAGCGGGUUCUGUGCCGCUCACAGGGCACCCUUUCCGACCUCCUAAGGAACCCCAAACCCUGGAGUAAACUUAAAUCGGGAAGGGAGACAUUUAGGAGAAUGUGGAAGUGGCUACAAGAACCCGAGUUCCAGAGGAUGUCGGCCCUACGGCUUGCAGCAUGCAAAAGAAAAGAGCAAGAUCCGAGCAAGGAAAGGAGCAAUACACCAAAGAAAUCCCGCCUGGUCUUUACUGACCUCCAGCGCCGCACCCUGCUCGCCAUCUUCAAGGAGAACAAGCGCCCGUCCAAGGAGAUGCAGCUGACUAUCUCGCAGCAGCUGGGCUUGGAACUCACCACUGUUAGCAACUUCUUCAUGAAUGCCCGGAGGCGGAGCCUAGACAAAUGGAUGGAUGAGGGGAGCCCAGGAGGGGCUUCCUCCGCCUCCAGCACUUGUACCAAAGCGUGAU